AUGGCGUCGCAUUCCGAGACCAAUCCCGGCGUGAUGGUCAAUAUCCAUGAAUCGACCCCUCUUCUUGCUACAGAGCAAGUCGAAGGGCAAGGACAGGACUCCCAAUAUAACGUCCAACCAACUAGUGCCCAUCAGUCGACAAGCAUCCUCGCUUUAGUUUGUACACUUUUGAUGCUUAUUGACAUCUCGGGCUUUCUUGGAAUGGCGCCGCAGAUGCAAAUAUUCGAAGACAUAAUCUGCCAAAACUACUAUGCCACGGGCAACCGUACCAGUCUUCACGACUGCAAAACUGAGCCCGUACAGAGUGAAUUGGCCAUCAUACAGGCCUACAAGGAUACAUUCGAUCAACUACCCGGAAUAUUGUUUGGUGUCGUCUAUGGUCUUCUCGCCGACAGAGUCGGACGCAGGCCAAUUCUCCUUUGCGAUGCUUGGCCUGGCACUGAGUGGACUAUGGGUAAAAAUCGUCUAGCUACAUCUUUCUUCUAUUUCUCCGCGGUCGUUUUAACGGCAGAGAUUGUGGCAACUCCUAUAAGUGGAAUCACAAUGGCCGGAAACCCCUGGAUUCCAUUUCUGGCCAGUUCAGGCGUGGAAUUUUUAGCCGUUGUUGUUGCAAUUUUUUUUGCUCCUGAAACGCUACAUUUUGGUCGACUCAAAUCCAUGGACGCAAUUCAUUCUUCGCUCAAUAAUAACGAAAACACCACGACAAAAGAACAGCCGCUUCUUAAGACUGUAAUGGUCAAGGUCUCGCACAGCUUGGAGCUCUUCAAAGAAUCGACCAAUUUCCUUUUGAGUAGUUUGAACGUCAGCCUUCUUCUCCUGGUCUUCUUUGUCGCUACCUUGAGUCGACAAGCAAUGGCGCUUCUGUUGCAGUACGCCACAAAAAAGUAUCAUUGGUCGUAUAGCAGAGCUACCAUUCUCGUUUCCGUUCGGGGAGCUGUCAAUCUUGUGGACGUCCUCAUAAUUCUCCCUGUCAUUUCUCGCCUAAUGCUUUACCGGAUGAAAUUGAACGGACCAACUAAAGACCUUUGGUUGUCACGCGGCAUGGCAUUUCUCCUUACUAUCGGAAUGCUACUGAUGUUCUUUGCCCCUGUGCCAGCCAUUUUGAUUGCUGGUCUUGUGGCAGUUGCCCUUGGCUCACCACUUCAUCUCACUGCACGAAGUUCACUUACGUCGCUCAUCCUCCCCAACCAAGUGGGUGUUCUGUAUACUUCAUUGGCCGUAGUCCAGUCUGUAGGGAUCUUGAUGGCAGGACCAUUACUUGCCAACACAUUCCGAUGGGGUAUGAAACUGGGCAACACUUGGCUGGGACUUCCCUUUCUGGCAGCCUCGGUCAUGUAUUUACUGGCCUUUCUACUCAUUAGUGGAGUUAAUCUUUCUCGGAGGCCUCAAAUCCACUCGCUCCAGGAAGACAAUGGUAGAAAUGAGGAGCAUUAA